AUGCGCAUGCCUGUAUUCAUUGACAACACGUGUCCUCGUCAUACGGGGAAGACGAUCGAAGUAUACUGCCACGACCACAACGCCUUAUGCUGUGUUCUGUGCUUGACACUGUCACAUAGAAGGUGUACGCAGGUCAGUAGCCUUGAAGAUACUACAAAGAUGUUCUCACUUGAUGUCAUCGAAUGUGAGUUAGGCAAGAUGAAGGACGAGUCAAAAACGAUUGUUGAAGAGGACGAAAACAAACUGACCACUCUCGAGGCUGACUACGAGAAAAUGACCAGUAACGUGGCCAGGAUGAUAAAGAAAGCUCAGGAUAAGCUGGAUGGUCUCCACAAACGUUUUCAAACCGGUUUAGAUGUAACAUACCGACGUCAUCGAGAAAGUCUACAUGAACGCUUACGCACUAAUAUGAUAUUUCAAGCAAACAUUGAAAACACUAACCAACUGAUGAGGGUGGUAAAAGGAAAAAGUCCUGACACUGGAACAUUUAUUGUAACGGAACAAUCCAAGACACAACUCCUAAGUCACGUGUGGCGUUUACAGCAGAGGACUGGAGACAAACACAAUACUUUUGAAUUGAAGAUCGGGUAUGACGACGUAUUAGAGAAGGUCGUCAACGUGAUGUCAACUGUGGGAAGAUUAGAAGUCUCCUCUUCAUUGUCAUCGUCAUCACAAGACUCCCUCAAAUCCAUCAGACAAACCAUUGACACACUCCAGGCAACAUCGUCCGUGACAUCGUUUUCCGAAUCAACGUCCUCCUCGGACAUGCUGAGUGAUGUAGGACGCGGGCAGUUCCAUCUUCAUUAG